AUCUGAGUCAGAUGGCAGCACAAGCUGGUAAUGCAGAUAUAUGCAGUUUUCUACUUGCAGUUGGUGCUAGUCCACUGGCUCUAGAUACAGAUCUUCGGUACGUCAAGACCAAUACUUUCAACGGCAUGUACCUAAGUUAUCGAUGUACCCCAACAUUAAUGACGAUGUCGCUGUAUUUUUCACAGUAGUCUCUAUGGAUUGCGUGAGUCGUGGUAAUUGCUUUCUAAUAACAGCAUCCAGUACUCCGCUCCAUCGAGCUAUGACUAGGGGAGGUAUUUCAAGUUUUCAGAAUAGCGGAGACUUGUUUGAAACCUGCCGACUUCUUGUUGAUGCUGGAGCUGAUGAAGUUCUCAUUGAUAACAUGGAAUUUAUCACCGAGUUCAACGGAUCAUUAUUGGCAUUCAAAUAUCUUCAACGGCAGACAUACCCGCCGUUCCACAGCAUGCCUGCGGCUUCCAGGUUAGCUUUGGCAACAGAAUACCUCGUCAAUAUAGAGGGUGGCACAAUAGCCCUUUGCUGAUUGAGGCGAUUCUAACAUCCAACGACACCAUCGAUCCUGAAUUGAUCGAAUUGGCAAGUCAAGAUGGACAGGAACUAUUGCGUGUUCUUGUUGAGUGGUGGGUCCAGGCUUACCGUAGCCAACUCGAAUAUCGAACUAGCCGGAGAGUAGAGGAUCCUGAGGAGGCUUUAGAGUCUUUAGGCGAGUCAUUGGGCUCUCGACAUCUUGAGAAGCUAAGGA